AUGCUUGUUUUUUAUUUUGGUGAGCUGUCUUCAUAUGUCAUUCAUAUUGGGUUUUGUCUCAGAGUUGAUUCAGAAGCGAGCCUGUCGGAUCUCAGAUCUGAACUUGGAUCAAUCCUAGGGCUUGACAGGAUUGCUGAGAAAUACAUUUUUUUGAAAUGUGUUGGCAGAAGUUUUGCAUUGGUCAAAUUGAGGCAAGAGAGGGAACUGACAGUAAAAUCAUUUACUCCUCCUUUUGCUCCUUUUCCUGAGAUCUACCUUUUGCCUGUGCUAGAGAACGACAGCGAUCUUUGUUCUAGCACUUUCAGCCCUGAGACUUUAGUUAGCAGCACCGACCAUCACAGUCAUAAUUUGCUCAGACCAACAUGUGCACCUGCCAAUAUAAAAGAGCCCAUUAAAUUCCCUUCGAUUAAUAUAGGCCCUCGGCAGUCUGUCCUGAUGCAGGAGGCAGAGGAGGAGGAGAGUGAUGAAGAUGCAGAAUACACUGACACUCCUCUUCCAACAUACAGUGCACAUGAGCAGAUGGAGUCCAUAAACAAACAGCAUGGUAUGAAGAACUUUAGCGCAGGAUCGCUCUUGAAAACCAGUUGUGCUUGUGUAGUGCCUCUUACAGAAAACUUGCCAAGCAGGAAGGCUUUUCUCAAGUAG